AUGCGUAGAAUCUACAGCUUCAAACUUUGCAAGUCCUCUGUCCGCCAUUUUCAGCAUGCGAGGAAACUCUGGUCGUCUUCAAGCUGUUUUAUGAAGUGCCUUUUCUGCAACUUUGUGGGGUCGAGCCAAGACAUUCUAUUCAGACAUCAUCGUCUCCAGCAUCAAAGAGGAUUCUACUGGACAUCUCUGUUCUGUAAAGAAGAGAUCUGUUCGGAGUUUAUGCGCAUUACUAUGAAGGACCUGUUGGAUACCUUCAUGAAUGCUCUAGAUGCCUAUUCCAUUCGACUGAUUAAACUCUUCCGGGCCAGAAAAGCUGCCUAUCAUAACGAAAUGGAUCUCCUUCUACAGGUAUCUGACAGCCAGGGACUACCCUUACUCGUUCGGGACACUGCGAGCAAGCUGUUUCGGACAUGCCUGGACACGGACCCAGUUGAGAGUAUCGCCAAGGAUAUGAAGGUUGGAAUCGUCAAAGUUCUGAAGGACUACACCGGACCUGCUGUAGAGCCCACUGUCAUCAAUAUUGCCAUUGUGCUGGAGGAGGACAUUGUUCUUGAUGAGCUGCUUCUGAUGGACUUAUUUGACACCAGCCUGCUCCCAGCGAGUGAGGAGUCUGAAAACUAA